AUGAAGGUGGAGGAGGAAGAGGCUGGGGUAGGGAAGCUGGACCCCGCUAACUACAGGAGGCGAUGUCAGGAUCAGGAAGACUGCCGUUCCAUUCACAUCGGGCUUUCCGUUCCCAGUUACCCUCACAGGAAAAGAGACCAGAAGGGGCAGCUUCCAGGCCUGCAGAAGGUCCGCUGGGGCUUGCGGCCAGACAAGCCACGGCAGGGGCUGGCCAGCGCGGGCAGCGGUGUGGACCAUGUCAGCAAGACACGGUCUCCAGCUGCUGAGCAGCUCCAGGACAUCCUGGGGGAGGAAGAUGAGGCUCCCAACCCCACCCUCUUCACAGAGAUGGACACUCUGCAGCAUGACGGAGACCAGAUGGAGUGGAAGGAGUCGGCCAGGUGGAUAAAGUUUGAAGAAAAGGUAGAGGAAGGAGGCGAACGCUGGAGCAAGCCCCACGUGUCCACACUGUCCUUGCACAGCCUCUUUGAGCUCCGCACCUGCCUGCAGACGGGAACCGUGCUGCUGGACUUGGACGGCGGCUCCUUACCACAGAUCAUAGAUGAUGUCAUUGAGAAGCAAAUUGAGGACGGCCUCCUUCGGCCAGAGCUCCGCGAGAGGGUCAGCUACGUCCUCCUGAGGAGACACCGCCACCAAACCACAAAGCCCAUCCACCGCUCCUUGGCUGACAUUGGAAAGGCGGUCUCCUCCACCAGCAGUCACGCCCAGAGCAGAAGCAUGAAUGAUAUUUCUCUCACCCUAAACACCGACCAGCGGAAAAACAAAUUCAUGAAGAAGAUCCCCAAGGACUCAGAAGCCUCCAACGUGCUCGUGGGCGAGGUGGACUUCCUGGACCAGCCGUUCAUCGCUUUCGUACGUCUCAUCCAGUCAGCCAUGCUGGGAGGUGUGACCGAGGUGCCUGUGCCCACCAGAUUUCUGUUCAUACUGCUGGGACCUUCUGGGAGAGCAAAGUCCUACAAUGAAAUUGGCCGUGCCAUUGCAACCCUCAUGGUGGAUGACCUCUUCAGCGAUGUGGCCUACAAGGCUCGGAAUCGAGAGGAUCUGAUAGCGGGGAUCGAUGAGUUUCUGGACGAGGUCAUCGUGCUUCCCCCAGGAGAAUGGGACCCAAAUAUCCGAAUUGAGCCACCCAAGAAGGUGCCUUCUGCUGACAAGAGGAAGUCCGUGUUCUCCAUGACUGAAUUAGGCCAGAUGAACGGCUCUGUGGCCGGAGGCGGUGGGGGAGCUGCUGGAGGCGGCGCUGCAGGCAGCGGAGGCGGCGGCGGGGCCGGUGGAGGGAGCAGCGCGGAUGAUGGAGAGAUGCCAACCGUGCAUGAAAUCGGGGAAGAACUGAUCUGGACAGGAAGGUUCUUCGGUGGCCUGUGUCUCGAUGUCAAGAGGAAGCUGCCCUGGUUCCCAAGUGACUUCUACGAUGGCUUCCACAUUCAGUCCAUCUCUGCCAUCCUAUUCAUCUACCUCGGCUGCAUUACCAACGCGAUCACCUUUGGUGGGCUUCUGGGAGAUGCCACUGACAAUUAUCAGGUGUGUGUAAGUUGGAGAACACACCGAGAGCCCUCGGCUGGAGGUCUUCGUUUCCCUCUGCCUUCCAGAGGCAAUGGCCUGGACUACAUGGAGUUUCGCCUCUGGAUUGGCCUGCACUCCGCCGUCCAGUGCCUUAUCCUGGUGGCCACAGAUGCCAGCUUCGUCAUCAAGUAUAUCACCCGCUUCACUGAGGAGGGUUUCUCCACCCUCAUCAGCUUCAUCUUCAUCUACGACGCCAUCAAGAAGAUGAUUGGUACCUUCAAGUACUACCCCAUCAAUGUGAACUUUAAGCCUGACUCUAUCACCACCUACAAAUGCGAAUGCGUCGCCCCUGACACAGCAAAUACAACCGUGUUCAAUGCUUCAGCCAUGCUGCCACCAAAUACCAACACUUCUCUGUACAAUCCCCUUAACCUCACAGCGCUGGACUGGUCCCUGCUGAGCAAAAAGGAGUGUUUGAACUAUGGUGGGCGCCUACUUGGUAAUUCCUGCCAGUUCAUCCCAGACCUGGCACUCAUGUCAUUCAUCCUUUUCUUCGGGACAUACUCCAUGACCCUGACCCUGAAGAAGUUCAAAUUCAGCCGUUACUUCCCUACGAAGGUUCGCGCCCUAAUAGCUGACUUUUCCAUCAUCUUCUCCAUCCUGCUCUUCUGUGGAAUUGAUGCCUGUUUCGGCUUGGCAACCCCCAAGCUUCUGGUGCCCAGCGAAAUUAAGCCCACACGGCCUGACCGAGGCUGGUUCGUGGCCCCCUUUGGGAAGAACCCGUGGUGGGUGUACCUAGCCAGCAUCCUGCCCGCCCUGCUGGUGACGAUCCUGAUCUUCAUGGACCAGCAGAUCACCGCCGUCAUAGUCAACCGGAAGGAGAACAAGCUGAGGAAGGCGGCUGGCUACCAUCUGGACCUCUUCUGGGUGGGCAUCCUCAUGGCUCUCUGCUCCUUCAUGGGGCUCCCCUGGUACGUGGCUGCCACGGUCAUCUCCAUCGCCCACAUCGACAGCCUCAAGAUGGAGACAGAGACCAGCGCCCCUGGGGAGCAGCCCCAGUUCCUGGGGGUCAGGGAGCAGAGAGUGACCGGCACCAUCGUCUUCAUCCUGACAGGGACCUCUGUCUUCCUGGCUCCCAUCCUGCAGUACAUCCCAUUGCCGGUGCUCUAUGGAGUCUUCCUCUACAUGGGUGUGGCCUCCCUGAACGGCAUCCAGUUCUGGGAUCGCUGCAAACUCUUCCUGAUGCCGGCCAAGCACCAGCCAGACCAUGCCUUCCUGCGGCACGUGCCCCUGCGCCGGAUCCACCUCUUCACCCUGGUGCAGAUACUCUGCUUGGCUGUGCUCUGGAUCCUCAAGUCCACAGUGGCCGCCAUCAUCUUCCCAGUCAUGAUCCUGGGUCUCAUCAUUGUUCGAAGGCUUCUGGACCUCGUCUUUUCCCAGCAUGACCUGGCCUGGAUUGACAACAUCCUCCCAGAGAAGGAGAAAAAGGAGGCGGAUAAGAAGAAGAGAAGGAAAGGGGCCCAUGAGGACAGUGACGAGGAGCCCCAGUUCCCUCCUCCCUCAGUUAUAAAGAUUCCCAUGGAAAGUGUGCAAUCAGAUCCCCAAAACGGUAUCCACUGCAUUAACAGACAAGGAUCUUCCAGUUGGAGUUACUCACUCUGAUUCUUCCUUCAGUGACUCAGAACUUGACCGAAGGUAACAGCCAUGAGACAGACUCUUUGGGUAUUAGAUAAGAGAAUAAUAGUGUUAAUAGCAAAAAAAAAGAAAAGAGAGAGAGAGAGAAUAAGCAAUGGCUUGAACGACUAUGAUUUCUCAAGCCAGUGUCUCAGUAAAAGGCCUUUGCUGCUCCAAAACAGGACACAAAGGCACAGACCUGCUUAAGUAUCAGGUAACAAAUUUGUCCUCUUACUGACAUCAUGUGAUGACAACACACAAGGAUAUUCAACUUCAGUAAAGGAAGUUAUUAUAAAGUAUUAAGUAGAAUGAAAAUUCAAAGUAAAUAUUGAAAAAAGACAAUAGAAACUAGGCAUGAUUUAAGUAUAUAUUAUUGAAAACCAGGAUAAAUGAACUUUAAGGAUCAAACACCAAGCACUUUAAUACUCUGUGGGAUAAAAUAACAGCAUGGUUAAUUAGCAAAGGUGAGAAAAGGUAUCAAGGAAAACUAAAUAUCAAUGAUCAAGUGGAGAUAAAAAUAGUCAAGAAAGAAUUCAAGGCCCAGUUUCCAGCAAUUCCCAUGCCAACAGUGUGACUCCUUGCUGUUUUUAAUGAGAAGUCACCCUCAAAAAAGGUGAGGCUACUUGAUGACCAAAAACAAGGAAGGGGGCCAAAAAUGGAAAAGAGGAAUUCAGAGUCAGUAGAGUCUGCUUCAGUCAUCACUAUGGAAGAUGGCGAGGGCAGUCCUGCUCCUACAGGGUACCCUAAACUGGACAGGAGUCCAGUGCUAGAUCUAACGGGAGAAGCACAGGCUGUCCCAAGACAAGCGGCAGCUAACUCCAGAUACAGAUGGCAGUCACCCAGAGAUUGUAGGACACAUGUACAGAGAGUGUAGAUCACCCAAGGGAUCUUCUGAGCUAUAAGUCAAAGCUGUUAUCACAUUGCCCGGAUGAGAUUUAUCACCAGUACAAGCAUUAGGCCUGAGGCCACCGUAACCCAGGAGUGUCAAAUCCAAAUCACAUACCUGCCUGCCAUGUCAUCCCACUUCCUGAGUCAGGGCUCCUGUGACCUUCAUGCACUGAUCUUUAUAAAUAAAUGUGUUAGGAGAAAAGCACUCUGUCUAUCUUGAUUUAUUUUCAUUUUAAAGUAUACAAAAUUGAAUCUCCAACAGCUCCAAUUUCAGUUAAUGGAGAGAAUUUGGAUCAGGAUAGAAUAUCUCCAAAACCCUGUUAAAGGACACGAAGCGUAGGACAAGGUCAAAAAUGCAGAAAAUUUCAUAAAUGGUAAUGGCACCUCAACUACACUGGUAUUUUACUGAAUCUAUGAAAGUAGAUGGAAGCAAAGAUGACUAAAUAGCAGGAUUCCAUUUCAGUGAAGAAAAGAAACUCAGCAACAUGAUCUAGUUUAGCAGAUUAGCAUCCAUGAUCUACCAGGCAUUGUGCUUAAUCCCUGGCAAUAGAGAAAGACAGACAUGUGAACAAAGAUAUACACUACCCUGGGCCAAGAACAACGGAGCACACGUAAGAGCAAGGACAGGAAUCUAAGGGAGGGAUCAGCCUUACCCAGAGAAUCUGGGAACAAUAAACAGGAGUCUACCGGAUGUAGACAGAAAAGCAAAAGAGAGAGAAAAGGCACUACAUAGAGGUACUGAGAAGAGGCCUGAAAUACUAGAGACACGCGGCAAAGACCAGGGCAAACUGCAAGCAGGAGUUCGAGCAGAGAAGGUUCUUGUCUCGCCAGGCUAAGGGGGAUGAAUUCUCUCCUUUGAACAAUGGGGGACCAGUCAGGUUCAUGAUCCAGAAGUCCACUUUGGCAACAGUGAGGAAAAUAGGUUGAAGUAGGGCUAGAGCAGUAACUGUGACAGCUGAAGGCCAAGCAGAUAGGAUACUGCUAGUUCCUGUGAUGUGUUAAGAGAUCAACAGCAAAGACACAACUGUUUGCCCUAGAACCCUGUCCUGGGAGAGAGCAUUUAAAAACACCAUAUCCUAGAAAAAUCAUUCUUCCCUCCU